AUUGUCAAUUGUCAAGUACUGUCAAGUAAUAGGUUGUAAGUUUUGUUUACUAAUUUAAAAACAUGCAAAAUAUUAGUAUUUGUGCAUUAAUAUAAAAUAAUAAUAAUUGUUUAUAAUCUAUAUAGCACAAAAGCCUAAUCAUGGCGGAUGCUGCAGCAAGACAACUUCAAUAUGAGUACAAAGCUAACUCCAAUCUUGUACUUCAAGCCGACGUACGACUAAUAGAGCGUAGAAGCAGGGAUGAGGCUACAGGCGAAGUCAUGUCCCUUGUUGGGAAGCUCAUAGGUACUAAAAUGGGUGAUAGAGCACAAAGAACUAAACCAGGGAAAGCUGAAGAACGUAAAGCCAAACGCCAAAAAAGAGAUGAAGCACAAUACGAUUUUGCAAGAAUGAAAGGUGCAACCCUUCUGUCAGAAGGUGUUGAUGAAAUGGUAGGAAUCAUAUACAGACCCAAAACGCAGGAAACAAGACAAACAUAUGAAGUUUUACUCAGUUUUUUACAAGAAGCACUGGGGGACCAACCUAGAGAUAUCUUGUGUGGGGCAGCAGAUGAGGUAUUACAAGUUCUGAAGAAUGACAGACUUAAGGAACGAGAAAAGAAAAAGGAGACAGAAACGUUAUUAGGAGGGAUAGCAGAUGAAAGGUUUGCUUUGUUAGUUAACUUAGGCAAGAAAAUAACAGAUUUUGGAAAUGAGGAAAAUAAGGGAACCGCAGGAGAGGAAAACAUUGAUGAAACAUAUGGUAUUAAUGUCCAAUUUCAAGAAGAAUCUGAAGAAGAAGAUGGGGAAGAUAUGUAUGGUGAAGUUAGAGAAGAAAUGGAUGAGGAAGAGGGAGAAGAAGCCAAAGAAGAUGGUGCCAUCCAUGCAGAAAAUUUGGGAGGAGUGGAAGAGUCAAAAAAAGAAAAAGCUCUUCAUCCGUUAGAUAUUGACGCAUACUGGCUACAACGAAAGCUGUCCAAAAUAUAUGACGAUGCCAUGGUGUCGCAGGCUAAAGCAGGCGAAGUUCUCAAUGUUCUUAGAGAUGCCAGUGAUGAUAGAGAAUGUGAAAAUCAGUUAGUACUUUUGUUGGGAUAUGAUUGCUUUGAUUUUAUCAAGCAACUAAAGAAACAUCGACAAAUGAUUCUGUAUUGUACUCUUCUGGCCAAAUCCCAAAGUGAAACCGAACGUCAGAAAAUCAAAGAUAAGAUGUCGGAUGACCAAUCCCUAAAUCGUAUAUUGAAACUCCUUGAGACAGGCCGUGGGGACGAUGACGACGACGAAGACAGCGAAUCUACUUCCCGCCAUCGCAGAGGAAAGAACGAAAUGGACGAUAUGGAUACUGGAAGCAGUCAGGUUACCGGUUCGAGACAUGUUGUCGACUUUGAAGAUUUGGUGUUUGCACAGGGAUCGCAUUUCAUGGCAAAUAAGAGAUGUCAAUUGCCAGACGGGUCAUUUAGGAAGCAGAGAAAAGGUUAUGAAGAAGUUCACGUUCCAGCCCUAAAACCGAAACCAUUUGGCGACAAUGAAAAAUUAGUAGCAGUAGACCAACUUCCCAAAUAUGUCCAACCCGUCUUUGACGGUUUCAAGACCUUGAAUCGCAUCCAGAGUCGAUUGAGUAAAACAGCUUUAGAGUCAGACGAAAACUUACUGCUUUGCGCUCCCACUGGAGCAGGUAAAACCAACGUUGCCCUUCUAUGCAUGAUGAGAGAAAUCGGUAAACAUAUAAACACUGACGGUACCAUCAAUGCUGAUGAUUUCAAAAUCAUUUACGUGGCUCCAAUGAGAUCUCUAGUACAGGAAAUGGUUGGUAAUUUCGGUAAAAGACUAGCUAGUUAUAAUAUAACGGUAUCUGAGUUGACAGGAGAUCAUCAGUUAACUAGGGAGCAAAUUCAAGCCACUCAAAUCAUAGUGUGUACUCCAGAAAAGUGGGAUAUCAUCACUAGAAAAGGAGGAGAAAAAACGUUUACUUCUUUGGUGAGAUUAAUCAUUAUUGAUGAAAUUCAUUUACUACACGACGAAAGAGGACCUGUGCUCGAGGCUCUUGUAGCCAGAACAAUUCGAAUGAUCGAAUCUACUCAAGAGGAUGUGAGAUUGGUUGGUCUGUCUGCUACUUUACCGAAUUACCAAGAUGUAGCAGCUUUCUUAAGAGUCAAGUAUGAUACAGGCCUGUUCCAUUUCGAUAACAGUUUUAGACCAGUCGCCUUAGAACAACAGUACAUCGGUGUUACCGAGAAGAAAGCUCUAAAACGGUUCCAAGUUAUGAAUGAAAUCGUUUACGAAAAAACCAUGGAACACGCAGGCAGAAACCAAGUGUUGAUUUUUGUGCAUUCGAGGAAAGAAACUGGGAAGACUGCAAGGGCUAUUCGAGAUAUGUGUUUGGAGAAGGAUACUUUGGGCCAGUUCUUGAGAGAAGGGUCUGCUUCUAUGGAGGUAUUGAGGACUGAAGCGGAGCAAGUGAAAAAUCACGAAUUGAAGGAUUUAUUGCCAUAUGGGUUCGCUAUACAUCAUGCUGGUAUGACUCGAGUCGAUAGGACAUUGGUGGAAGAUUUGUUCGCUGACAGACACAUUCAGGUACUGGUGUCAACUGCAACCCUAGCCUGGGGUGUAAACUUACCAGCCCACACUGUAAUCAUCAAAGGAACUCAAAUUUACAAUCCAGAGAAAGGUAGAUGGGUUGAACUGGGAGCCUUAGACGUUCUUCAAAUGUUAGGUAGAGCCGGUAGACCUCAGUACGACACAAAAGGCGAAGGUAUACUGAUAACCAACCACAGUGAGUUACAAUACUACCUCUCAUUACUAAACCAACAGUUGCCUAUCGAGUCUCAAAUGAUCUCCAAGUUACCUGACAUGCUCAACGCAGAGAUAGUUUUGGGUACCAUACAGAAUAUGAGGGAUGCAGUUACAUGGCUUGGUUAUACGUAUCUGUACAUCAGAAUGCUGAGACAACCAACCCUCUAUGGAAUAUCUCAUGAUCACUUGAAGCAUGACCAGUUGUUGGAACAACAUAGAGCAGAUUUGAUUCACACAGCUGCUGUGUUACUAGACAAAAGUGGGUUGGUCAAAUACGACAGAAAAACAGGACAAUUCCAAGUGACUGAAAUUGGAAGAAUCGCUUCACAUUAUUAUUGUACUUAUGACACCAUGAUGACUUACAACCAGUUAUUAAAACCAAUGUUGAGUGAGAUCGAGUUGUUUAGAGUAUUUUCUCUAUCCGAAGAGUUUAAACAUAUAACAGUGAGGGAAGAAGAAAAACUAGAGCUGCAAAAACUGAUGGAAAGAGUUCCGAUACCGAUAAAGGAAAGUAUAGAGGAACCUAGCGCUAAAGUAAACAUUUUGCUUCAAGCGUAUAUCUCUCAGUUGAAGCUGGAAGGGUUUGCAUUGAUGUCGGACAUGGUUUAUGUCACCCAAUCGGCUUCGAGGCUUAUGAGGGCCAUUUUUGAAAUAGUGUUACAUAGAGGAUGGGCGCAAUUAGCGGAUAAAUCUUUGGCUUUGUGUAAAAUGGUUGACAAGAGGAUGUGGCAGUCGAUGUCUCCCUUAAGGCAGUUUAAGAAGAUGCCGGAAGAAAUAGUUAAGAAAAUCGAGAAAAAGAACUUUCCGUGGGAGAGGUUAUAUGAUUUGGGUCCCAACGAAAUCGGUGAACUGGUACGCGUUCCUAAAUUAGGAAAAACAAUUCACAAAUAUGUACAUCAGUUCCCAAAACUAGAACUAUCCACUCACAUCCAGCCCAUAACAAGAUCGAUGUUAAAAGUCGAACUGACCAUCACCCCCGAUUUCCAAUGGGAAGAAAAACUACACGGAGUAUCUGAAGCAUUCUGGAUACUGGUAGAAGACGUCGACUCAGAAGUGAUCCUCCAUCAUGAAUACUUUCUACUAAAAGCAAAAUACGCUCAAGACGAACAUUCCGUAAAAUUCUUCGUUCCGAUUUUUGAACCGUUACCUCCUCAGUAUUUCCUCAGAAUUGUAUCGGAUCGGUGGAUAGGAGCGGAAACACAGUUACCUGUAUCGUUUCGACAUUUGAUUUUGCCCGAGAAAAACUUCCCUCCUACUGAAUUGUUGGACUUGCAACCGCUGCCCAUUACUGCUUUGAGAAACGAACAAUUUGAGUCUUUAUACGCCGAUAAGUUUCCACAGUUUAAUCCUAUACAAACACAGGUUUUUAACUCAGUAUACAAUGGAGACGACAACAUAUUCAUUGGCGCUCCGACAGGAUCGGGAAAGACCACAAUAGCAGAAUUUGCCAUUCUCAGACUCUUCGACCGAAAUCCCGAAGGUCGAUGCGUUUAUCUAGUUCCUAAGGAUGCCCUAGCUGAACUGAUUUUCGCCGACUGGCAUAAUAAGUUUGGACAGGCCUUGGCAAAGAAAGUGGUAUUGCUGACCGGAGAAACUGGUACUGAUCUAAAACUUUUGGCUAAAGGACAAGUAAUUAUAACAACAGCUGAAAAGUGGGACGUACUUUCCCGAAGAUGGAAACAAAGGAAAAAUGUACAGAACGUUAACCUGUUUAUUGUUGACGAGUUACAUCUUCUUGGAGGUGAAGACGGACCAGUGAUAGAAGUUGUAUGUUCCAGAAUGAGGUACAUCUCGUCGCAGAUUGAGAAACCGAUCCGUAUUAUCGCACUAAGUGCUUCGUUGGCUGACUACAAGGACGUCGCCCAAUGGUUGGGCUGCAACUCCAACGCCACAUUCAACUUCCAUCCGAGCGUCCGUCCCGUGAAUCUGGAACUUCACGUUCAAAGUAUUAACAUCACUCACAACGCCUCGCGAUUGAUAGCCAUGGCCAAGCCCGUAUACAAUGCCAUUUUGCGACAUAGCCCACACAAACCAGCGAUCGUCUUCGUACCUACCAGAAAGCAAGCCAGAUUGACUGCUAUCGAUCUGCUGACGUACGCAGCUGCAGAGGGACAUCCUGAUAAGUUUUUCCACGCCGAAGAAGAUGAUAUUAAGCCGUUUUUGGAUAGGAUGACAGACAAGACUCUAAAAGAAACAUUAUCCCAAGGAGUGGCAUACAUGCAUGAAGGACUAACUGCUAGUGAUCUUCGACUCGUCGAACAACUAUUUGAUUCUGGAGCAGUUCAAGUUGCCGUCGUCACGAAGGAUCUCAGCUGGGCCGUCAAUAUUUUCAGUCACUUGGUUGUCAUUAUGGAUACACAAUAUUACAACGGUAAAGUACACGCCUAUGAAGACUAUCCUGUGACGGACGUUCUGCAAAUGGUAGGAAGAGCCAACAGACCUCUUGAGGACGAUGAUGCCAAGUGCGUGCUGAUGUGUCAAAGUUCUAAAAAAGACUUUUUCAAGAAAUUUUUGAGCGAUCCGUUACCAGUAGAGAGCCACUUAGAUCACAGACUCCAUGACCACUUCAACGCCGAAAUCGUGACGAAAACCAUCGAAAACAAACAAGAUGCCGUCGAUUACUUAACGUGGACCUUCUUGUAUCGUCGUUUGACUCAAAAUCCUAACUACUACAAUCUACAAGGUGUUACACAUAGGCAUUUGUCAGAUCAUCUGUCAGAAUUGGUCGAGAAUACUUUGUCCGAUUUGGAGCAAUCGAAAUGUAUUAGCAUCGAAGAUGAAAUCGAUUGCGUACCUUUGAAUUUGGGAAUGAUCGCUGCUUAUUAUUACAUCAAUUAUACUACAAUAGAAUUGUUCAGUUUAUCAUUGAACAGCAAAACGAAGAUUCGCGGACUCUUGGAGAUCAUUUCGUCUGCAGCCGAAUAUGAAGAUGUGUCAGUUCGUCAUCGAGAAGACAAUAUACUGCGACAGCUGUCACAGAAGCUACCCAACAAAUUAACGUCGCCCUCUGGUGGUCAACCUAAGUUCAAUGAUCCCCACGUUAAAACCAAUCUACUAUUGCAGGCUCACUUAUGCCGUUUACAAUUAGGAGCAGAACUUCAAGGGGACACAGAAAUGGUCCUAUCGAAGGCCAUACGACUGAUCCAAGCGUGCGUAGACGUUCUGAGUUCCAAUGGUUGGCUUUCACCUGCUGUAGCUGCUAUGGAAUUGGCACAAAUGGUAACGCAAGCGAUGUGGAGUAAGGACUCGUAUCUGAAACAGUUACCUCACUUUGUUUUAGAUGUUAUCAAGAGAUGCACAGAUAAGGGAGUUGAAACAGUAUUCGACAUUAUGGAACUGGAAGACGAAGAUCGAUCGAAGUUGCUCCAGAUGACAGAAACACAAACGGCUGACGUAGCUAAAUUCUGUAACCGAUAUCCCAACAUAGAACUCACCUACGAAGUCAUAGACAAAGACCAAAUCCAUUCAGGAUCGUCGGUCCAUGUAGCUGUUCAAUUGGAAAGAGAAGAUGAAGUGAGCGGACCAGUUAUUGCUCCAUUUUUCCCACAGAAACGCGAGGAGGGCUGGUGGGUAGUCAUCGGUGAACCCAAAUCCAACUCACUUCUAUCCAUUAAGAGGUUAACUCUUCAGCAGAAAGCAAGAGUUAAAUUGGACUUCGUAGCACCUAGUCCUGGACAUCACAACUACACGCUAUAUUUCAUGAGUGAUGCUUACCUAGGAUGCGAUCAGGAAUACAAAUUUUCUAUUGAAGUUGGCGAUUUUGAGUCCAGUGAGAGCGAAUCAGAGUGAAGAGUUUAGUGUAAUAUUAAGUUUUGUACAGUUUUCAUGAAAAUACAAAAAAAUAAAUAUAGUUUUAAGGUAGA